AAAUCACAUGAGGAGCAUAGGCGUCCAAGACAAAUUAUUGCCCGCACAAAAUUAUGCAUCACAAUAUUGUUCAUUAGCAUACAGUACUGUGUGUGUGUGUAUAUAUAUAUAGAUAUUCUAUUCUAUAUAUAUACACCUCUCCACUGGACUACAUUCAUCAAAGAACAUAAAGGGCAUACAUACAUAUACAUACAUAUAUACAAGCGAAGCGGGAGAAAGUGGGCAAUUAUGGCAGAUUCACGCUGUCGAGAAAGGCAAAAAAAAAAAAAAACAGUGACAAAAUUAAGAUGUAGGAUCUUGUGGCUAAUAGUAGCAUUACUGAGUGAGUGUAACGUAAAUGGGACAGCAAAGAAGUCUUGGCCGGAGCUGGUGGGUGCAAAGGGAUUCGCUGCGGCAUCGAUAAUAGAGGAGGAGGAUCCGCAUGUCCAGGCAAUUCUGUUGGAAGACGGAAGUCCGGUGACUAUGGACUUCAGAUGCGAUCGCGUCUGGGUUUGGGUGAACCAGUCCAGGAUUGUCAUCCGCACUCCCGUCGUUGGCUGACCUUUGUCUUUAUCACCUCUAUAUUGUCGCCGCCUGCCGCCAUAAUCUGUCGUCAAUCUCUCUCUUUUUUUUUUGUGUUGGAGUUUGCUAAUCAUACGCAUCUUAUUCUUGUUCA